AACAUUACCUUUUUUAGUAGUAACCGCUUGGAACAAAAUACAGCACAUUCUCAACAAUGAUCAGAGUCUCCUGCGUUGUCGUGCUCCUAGCAGUCUGUAUGCUAGCAUGCGCUCGCGUACUUGUUCCGCCUGGCUUCCUCCAAGACAUCAAUCGCUUUUCGAACUCCCUUUCGGGAGAUGGUGUCCAGAGUGAUGACCCGAAUCGGUCUCAAGUAACCCCUCCCAAACCUGACAUUUCGAUGAGGGCCGGGGGCUUGGAACCGCCCAUCGCUGCCAAUAUGUUAUCGGCGAGGGGUUGGGAUUCUCCAGACUUUCAGCAACUGGCGCAGUCUACUACGGAGUCCGACGAGCAACAGGGGGAAAAGGAGAAGAAGAAGAAGGAGGAGGAGGAGGAGGAGAAAAAGAAAAAGAAAAAGAAGAAGAAGAAGAAGAAGAAGGUGAACAAGGGGGGUGUUGGCGGUAGUGGCGCCUGUAGGGGUAGCGGCGUAGGUAAUAAUUGUACUGACAGUGGUGGUGUUGGCGGUGGUGUUGGCGGAGGUGGUGUUGGUGGUGGUGGCGGAGGUGUUGGUGGUGAUGUUGGUGGUGAUGUUGGUGGUGGCGGCGAUGUUGGUGGUGUUGGCGGUAGUGUUGGCGGAGGUGGUGUUGGUGGUGGAACCGGAGGUGUUGGUGGUGGAACCGGAGGUGUUGGUGGUGGAACCGGAGGUGUUAGUGGGGAUGCCGGCGGCGGUGCCGGCGGCGGUCCCGGCAGCACUUCCUGCGGUGUGGCCGGCGCCAGGAUCGGCAGGGCAUAAGCAGUAUGCUGGAUUAGGAAAGAUAACAGGCCUCAACGUGUUGUGCUGCUCAGCUAUAACAGACACGGUGUAUCCCAUCGACUGCGGAAUGGCUACAGUACAUCCCCGUGAGGGGUAGUAGCCACUCAGGAGUCAGCCAAGCCUUAUUUCGACCAACCAGAUAGCCCAGUUUUUCGGUACCUCUCGCGUCUAUAUAUUCUGGUUAUGAUAGAAGUACC